AUGUCACUUUGUGUUUACAUAGAAAAGGAAGAGUACACCAUUGAUAUCAUCAAUUGCUAUACACAUAUUGAAAUACAUUUAGAUGAGUCCAGCAAGGAAUUUUGUCCACAAAUUCGAGACUUAGUUACAGAUGCUAUCAAAAGAAGGAGUAAAAAUCUCAAAGUUGAUAAAAGCCAUAUCUUUGCAUUCAAGUGCCUUCAAAAUAAACAAUGUUACUGCAUUGUCAAAGAAGAUUUGUCUUCUACUAAAUGUACUCAAUGUCGAUCACACUGUAAAGUACUGCAAGGUGAUGAUGAUAGCUACAGGUGCUGGUUUAGUGAUUGUCAAUCAUUCAGUCCAAGAACCAAAGCAUCAUUAGAAGAUCCACCUACUAAAAGACGCAGAUUAGAAUUAAACACUUCAGACCGGUUUAGAAGAGUUUCUGAUAGACUUGCAGGUGUCAUAUCAUCUUGUCUGAGCACAGUGUCAGGGAAACUUAAUGCUAGGAGACUGAUAGCACAGGGGCUACAUGAUGAAAUGAUUAAUGGUCGGGAUAUUGAUUCAAAAAAAGCUCCCAAGCUAGUACUUGUAAUACAGACUACUCUUGAUGCCCAGCCUAAUCCUGAGACAUAUCUAAAUGAAGUGUGCUCAGCAUUGAAAGAUGUUGGAGAGAAACAAAUCACUGAUAUAGUGAAUGAAUUGGAACAGAGUAAAACAGAUUGAUCCUGCUAACAUUAUCAACUGCUGCAUCAAAUAAUUCAUUAGUUUAUGGUGUGCUUUGAAUUUGAAUUAAGUACAUUCAUUUGUUUGUGUGAUUUUUCUUAUAUGCCUGUUUAUUUCGAAAAAUUUGUUAUUUUAA